UCUCUCUCUCUCUCUCUCUCAUCCUCUAUCCGAGCAGGCUACUGGAGAGCUGCGCUGCCUCACAUGGACCCAAGACUUUAACAUCGCAUCAAGACUCUCAGCUGUUGUUCCCUCUUGGAAAGACAAAAGAGAAGUUUGAUCAGGUGGAGCAAAACGCCAAAUAUCUCUUCAGGAGGAUCUUGCGUAUGUGUGUUAGUAAAAGAACGAAGAGAGCAGCUGGUUUGAGGAGCGCAGACGAGUGCCAUCCUACGAGUUCUUUGCAAAAGACUUCUUAAGAGGAAUAAUGAGGGACAUUUGGAUAUUCCUGACACUUUCAGCAGCUGUCUGCUUGUCCAGCGACAAGGUACUGGUCUCCAGUCAGUCCCCUGCCUCAACUGAUGACAUCUAUUUGGAUGACCAGCAGUCUGGUGACUAUCCUUUAGAUGAUGAUGACUUCACUUCUGGUUCAGGAUCUGGUUCUAGUGACACAGAUGAUGACGAAGACACUUCCACGGUAAUUGUGCGGUACCCAGAAUUCAAAGCAGAUUCUACUCAGGAGCCCGUCUACAGCAGCAGCCCUAGCUUGGAGUCCUCCAUCAGCAUAGACACAUUCAUUGAUUCAGACUUCGGACCAGAGAUCUCUGACUAUCAGACAGAAAAGCCCCAGGUCACUGUUGAAGCCACCAGCUCACCGAGUGUUGUACAAGACGCUGACCCGCUUCAUGAGGUUCGCACAGAAAAUCUCUUCCAAAGGACAGAAGUGCUGGCAGCUGUUAUAGCCGGCGGAGUGAUUGGCUUCCUGUUUGCCAUCUUCCUCAUCCUCCUUCUGGUUUACCGUAUGAGAAAGAAGGACGAGGGGAGCUACGACCUUGGAGAGUGCAAGCCUCCCAGCUCAGCCUAUCAGAAGGCUCUGAGUAAAGAGUUCUACGCCUGAAUGACCAAUCAUUGCCAACAGUAACAUUGUUAUGACAACCAACUCCUCUCCAAGAGUAAUGGUGGAUCGGUAGCACAUCAAGGGGGACACAUUUUUACGGGGGAACCUUUACUUAUUUAAAAAUGUAACAAAAAGUAAUUUUGCUUCGGAAAGCCAACCGGGGCUUGUAUUUCCUUUUUUUGGGAUCAAAAACGUCAACGAUUGUUUCUCUAUGGUUUUUGAAACCAGUUGUUGUCAGUGUAUGAAGGUAAAUCAUUGCUCACAGGUUUUAGUCAUUGACUAGUUUGUAACAGUAGAGGUACGCUUUAUUAAAGAACAAGACAAUUCCGGGAUGUACAGUAAAUCCUGGGUUACAUCUGAUACCUUUAAUUUUCCACUGAUUACAUUUCAGUAACUUAUCUCAGUGUGGACUUUAUCAGUAACUUAAUUGUCAUCUCAUCAUUUUUGUAAAGGGUUUUUCUCCCUUGGAUUGUGCCAUUAUGUUCUUCAGUCAAAAUGAAUGUUUGUAUUUCCAUCUGGCCGAUAUCAAAUCAUCACACAUUUUUUUCAGAAUGUUUAAAUAUAUUUUCUUAUAUCAUGUUUCUAAUGUAGUCGGUUCAGUGUUAAGUCCCUGAAAGUUCAAAUUCUACUUUGCCUGAAGCCAAGAACACACUGCGCUAUACUUGUACUCCUUUAUUCUCUCUCUUUUCAUGUCAAGCAAUCAUGCAGGUUAAAGUCUCUUCGAAAAAUCAGUUGUACUUGACUGUACUUGGCUGAAAGUCUGCAGCAUCACAAUUCAUAGCACUGCAGUAAUUUACUUAAAUUAUUAAAAUUACUUUAACCAUGAUAUAAGUUUGCACAAAACCACUUAUCAAGGUCAAGAACGUUUUGUUUUUCCAUGCAACUAUUUGAUUCCCACUUACCCGAUGCUUGGAAGGGGAAAAAAAAAUGUUAAUUAGAAUAAGAUAUGGAUUUUUUUUCACACAAAUUCAGUCUCCAUUAUGAACAAGUGUAAGAGUCAAAGAAUGAAUCUUCUAUGACAGGUUAACAUCAUUUACCCAGUAAAAGUCAUCAGUAUUACUGAUUUUACACCCACACUGUUAUCAAUCAACACAUUUUCAACGUUCACUGUUGACUGGAACCCUAAUGAAGGCCAUUUUUCUUUAUUUCAUAAUAUUAUCCCUCAUGCGGAAGCAGCUUUUGCAAAGAUUUCUCCCAUGGUUCUGACUCAAGCAUGUCAAGCAGUAUGUCUCUGACCUUCCAAAGACUCGAACAGUGUUGUUAACAGUGAAGGUGAUUAAUAACGUGAAUCACAUCUGCUCAUUUUUACCCUUCUUUUCAUGUGCAUUUCCAUUGUUUCUUAUAAAGACCUGACCAUUUAGAGUCAAUGACGUCUCUGUAUAUGUUAAUAUACAAUAAUUUAUAGAAUAUAAUUAUUUAUAUACUACAUAUUAUAUAUAAUAUGUUAGUUUAAAAAAAAUCUAUGAAAAUGUAUAUUCACAAAUGUUUUAGAAACCCUUGAAGUGCCUACUGUUCUGAAACAGUUCUACAGGGAUUUGAGGACAUUUGUGCAUCGGAAUGAUGUUAAAAGCUGGAACUGGAGAAAUGUGAUGAGUGGUAAUGAAACAGAAACAGUAUUGUAUUUCAU